ACAUUUCAAGCAGCUUCGGACUUUCGGAGGAUUUCAGAGACAGGGUGCACUUCCUUCCCGCGUCACCGCCAGUAGCAAAGAGAGAGAAAAAUGGUGGCGUCUCCGUCGUCGGUGGUGUCAGUAUACCCAUUAUCAAGCUACACCUUCGGCACUAAAGAACCUAAGCUUGAAAAAGACACUUCUGUUGCCGAUCGUCUAGCUCGUAUGAAAGUCAAUUACUUCAAAGAAGGCAUGAGGACCAGCGUGGAAGGCAUUUUACUGGUCCAAGAGCAUAAUCAUCCACAUAUUCUUCUGCUACAAAUUGGAAACACUUUCUGCAAACUUCCUGGUGGUCGUUUGAAGCCUGGUGAAAAUGAAAUCGAUGGAUUGAAGAGAAAGCUUACCAGCAAACUUGGGGCUAACUCCAGUGCUCAUCAGCCUAAUUGGCAGAUUGGUGAGUGUGUUGCUAAUUGGUGGAGGCCAAAUUUCGAAACAGUGAUGUAUCCCUACUGCCCCCCUCACAUUACAAAACCCAAGGAAUGUAAAAAGCUUUUCAUGGUCCACUUGCCAGAGCGAGAAUACUUCGCUGUACCGAAGAAUCUGAAAUUGUUGGCUGUGCCACUCUUUGAGCUUUAUGACAAUGUCCAGAGAUAUGGACCGGUGAUCUCCACAAUCCCUCAGCAAUUGUCAAGAUUCCAAUUCAACAUGAUCUCUCCAUGAUGUUGUAAUCUAACUAAGGCUUUGCUUAAGGUUAUGUGGUGCACUGAUCAGUUUGGACGGUAGUAGUGCCAUAAGCAGCAAGGCAGUGCCGUAGCAGCAGAUCCUCGCUUUAUGGAAGCCCAGCUUCGCUGGUUUACUGAAAUAAGUUUAUUAUUGACUUGGGCGUUAGGAGAUUCAAGGUUACAUUGUUUUCGAAGUGUUUGUACUGAUAUGUGAAUUCACUUAAUUUCUUGUACAAUGUUUGUUUUAGCUUUUAGAUUUUUGUUGGCCCUGUUAAAAACUUCCUGCAGAGUGUUACAUUGUUUAUUUUAUGGUUAGAGAAUUUAGAGAAGCUUAAGUUAAAGAUUAGGUUUAGCCAACAGUGGCUUUUGUACUUGUCAGUGAAUAGGAAGGUAGAUUGUGAUUCUUCCUGCAGUCCAAUGGAGUUCAAACUGGCUAAUAUUAAUGCCCUUUGUUUUUCCUUUUUAUAAGAUACUUGUAAUUGCUUUGUGCUGA